CGGGAGCUCUCUCUCUCUCUCGGUUUCUCGAACUGAUCGAGCUGAGGCGCGCCGGCCUCGGUGGUAUCGCGCUCCUUGUUGCCUUUCGCGUUGUCGUCGUCGACGGGGACGGCGGCAUGGACUCGUACAAGGGCGGCGGCGAGGCGAGGCGGGUGAUCAACGUGGUGUAUUUCCUGAGCCGCGGCGGCAGGACGGACCAGCCGCACCUCUUCCGCGUCAACCUCAGCCACCUCCACCGCGCCGGCGUGCGCCUCCGCGGUACGUAUACCCACAGCCUCUUCAUCUUCUUCGCCAGGCCGAUCCAUUUCGCAGCAGCUCAUUGCAAUGGCGUCUUGUGUUCCAAUUCAGAUGUGAAGAGGUGGCUGUCGGAGGUCCGCGGCAAGGACAUGCCGGGCAACUUCUCCUGGUCUUACAAAAGGAAGUACAAGUCUGGAUACGUAUGGCAGGACCUGCUGGACGAUGACCUCAUCACCCCCAUCUCCGACGACGAGUACGUGCUCAAGGGCUGCGACGUGCGGCGAACCCCUCCUCCAGCCGUCGCGGUCGCGCCGAAGCCUUCCUCCUUAGACGAGAAGAAACUGAACCGCAAGGGAAGUUGGGAGCGGAAGCAGGUGGAGGAGGUGAUCCAGGUGCAGGUGACGCGGGACUACGACGAGGGCUCCCCGAAGCCGCCGCCGCCGAUCGACCAGGGCUCUCCCGUCGGCGCCGACGGCGAUCGGGCUCCUUUCAGGAUCGUUCUGCCGCAGGACCUUCUGCAGCCAAAGCAGCGCCGGCAGCGAGAAGCGGCGGUGAGAAGCACAACCAAAGCCACCGACCAGCAGCAGGCGUUGGUGUUGGCGGCGCGGCCAGCGGCGGCGGCAAUGGGCGGCGAGAAGCAGCAGCGCCCGGCGGUGGGGAGCGCGCGGAGGGUGCGCGUGGCGCAGGUGCUCCACAGCAUCCUGACGUGCGGCGCGGCCGACGGCGUCGACGACGCCGCGCACCGGCCCGUCGUCCCGCGGCAGCGCAUCGACGACGACGACGGCUGGCAGCGCACGCCCUUCUGCCCCGGCAUGGACGGCUGCGGCAUCAGCAUGAGCAGGAAGGUGAAGCUGCAGCGAGGCGGAGGCGGGAAAGACGGCAAGGCGAAGCGGGACGGCGGGAGGCGAGACCGCGUCGCUGCCGCUCACAAGCCGGCAACUCUGCCGCGUUGCUCGCAAUGCGGGAAGGGGUUCAAGCCGCAGGAGCUGCACUCGCACAUGCAGUCGUGCAGGGGCUUGAGGGAGAGGAUGAGGAGCAGCGCGCGCAUGAGCGUCGACAGGAGCCAGAGCUCCACCGCCAAGGCCGACCACUCCUCCACGGAUCGACCACACACUGUCUUCCUCCUCACCGAGUCGUGAACUCGUGAUCCGACCGAUGUUGAGAUGUAAAUGUGGGUCUGCGGGUGCUUGCGAUUGACCUUGGAAUCGUUUCGCUUAAUUGGAAGUGGAAAUACAACGGCGGUGUUGUGGAUUCUGAAUUGGCAGCCUGCUUCGUUCGUGGAUGAUUAGUGUGGAUCAUCGAUUUGCCCAUCGAUCUUUCACUGAUUAUUAUGGGCAGUGUAUAUUUACUGGCGGUGCAGUCCAUGAAGGACCUAGAAAAGGUGGCAUACUCGUGGAUA